UGUUGUGAGACCGGCAGCGCCAGAUUGUGUAUUAUUUGUGUGACGUAGUGUGUAGGGGUACACUCUAGCUAGGUCACAGAUCUUCAGAAUUGGGUGUUAUGACUAGGAAAGUUUGGCAGAGUAGCUAUGCCUCUCAAAUCUGGCGUUGGAAUGUAGAGUUUGGAAGCAAAAUGGAAUCUCUUCGCUGCUCAUGCUUUGACUGAAGUUCACACGUCUUUAUGUGGGCAUUGUUCAUAUGAAGAUUAUUGCGUCCAACCCAUCACCUGUUUUGCCUUAUUAUAGAAUUAUGUUUUAGAUGUCUGUCGUUAUAUUAUGUGAAACUUCAUGAUGGCUUGCACAAUCAAGGCAGAGGAUGGCGCAUCAAUAAAACAGGAAUUCAUCAACACAGAAAAAGAAUAUAACGAAGAAGCCUUCAGCAACGAUAUAAAACCAGAGUUAAAAAAAGCGCCAUGUCUGCGGUUGGAUCUGUCGUCACUUGCAGAUUAUAAAUUUGUUGAGAGGAAGCCCAACGUCAUUCACGAUGGCCCGUCAGUCAUCGUUCAGUCUUUAUACAACAUGCCCCUCACACCAGGAACAUUUGGCAUCCCCACGGCACUUGAAUACUUAGACACCGAUGUACUGUGUGUACAGGACAGUUUAUGUGACAGUGAAGUCAACCAGAUCACAACGCAUAAAGAAACAUCAAAGCCUCAUGCGUGUGACACAGAAAGUUCAGGGAGUGGAAGGGACAUGAUGGCUGCCCACGCUCUCCUCGAUAUUUCACCAACAACGAGUGGAGAAGAGAAAACGUUUAUUUUGCAGAGUAAAUCCACAAGGACACAAAGAUGCUCCAGUACAGGCUCCCUUCCACCAAGUCCAGCUGAUAGUGGGGUAGCAUCAGACAAAGAGGCUGAAUUAAUACACACAGAUGCUCACGAGAGUUAUUCCAUUCUUGCCAGGUCCUUCCAACCUACAGAUGAUCCCUCAAUAAUGGUCAGUCCAGAACCCGACUAUGAGAUUGAGCUUGAGAGUGACUCCAUGGGUGACUUCCAGGCACCAUACAAUCCGGACAACGUGCAUAAUUAUAGCAAAAAGACAAGUCCCAAAAGUCGUAAAUCAAAGUCAAGAACUCCAGAUGAUCAGACGUCAAGUUCAAAAAGAAAAUCCAGAGAUAGUCACACAACCUACUUAUGGGAAUUCCUUCUGGACCUUCUUCAAAACUCGGACACAUGUCCAAGGUUUAUCAAAUGGACUAACAGGGAAGAUGGCAUCUUUAAGUUAGUGGACUCAAAGGCUGUGUCUAAGCUAUGGGGUCAACACAAGAACAAACCUGAUAUGAACUACGAAACGAUGGGAAGGGCUUUGAGGUACUAUUACCAGAGAGGCAUCCUGGCUAAGGUGGACGGACAGAGACUCGUCUACAAAUUCUGUGAAAUACCCAAGAAUAUCGUUGAGGUGGUUGGAUGCAGUUGAGCACCAUUCACAAAACCAAGCUGCUAUCAGGGAUAUUAUAACAAAGUAUUGCAUUCAAACGUACUGUCUUUAAGGGAAGGCUACAUUAUUGCUGUCAAUUUUUAGUUGUUGGGGGGCCUAGUUUGACUUGUGUCCCGUCUACACAAACAAUGAUAAGCUGUUAUGGCGUUUUAUACAAAAAGGGCACUGACCAUUUGACCUUCCAGCAUCUGUUUAUUGUUUACUUGUACAUUGAUUUGGAGGAAUGCAAGAUGACUGAAUAGAAUAAAUCUAUUCAAAAGCCCAUGUUGUCUAAAUGUGAGACAAGAACAAGUUUGAAGAACUAUGUUCUAUUCUUCUUUUUUUUUAAGUGAGGAUCUUAACUUAUUAGUUUCAAUUGGGUAUCUUGAGAUAAUAAGGAUACGAUAGAUGAAAUAAGUUGUCUUCUUUUUUAUUUUUAACUUCAGAGUUUUAUUUAAAUAUGCACAGGAUAUUUUUCUGUGGAUUAUGAAGGACAAAACUUGGGCACUUCUAACCAAUAAUGUAUCUUCCCUUGCAAUGAGAAAUGGUGCCAACAAAGUAUUUGGGCGGGUUCUUGACAUACCAAUAGGAAGCUGUGUAGAGUGGUGCUUGCUGAGCAAACGGUGCAUAAAAUACUACCCUUGAUUCAUAUAAAUCCCCAUCGACAACGAAGACCUCUUCUGAACACCAUUCUAUGCAAAUAAACAUAUAAAUAUGGACUUGAUAAAGUGGAGUGUUUGUUCUCGAAACACUUCCUACCUUCUGUUGAUAGAUUAGGAACAUUUUAGGAAGUUAAGAGGCCAAUCGGAAACUGAAAGGAGGUUGGGUUUAAGGGUUAGGGAUUUGCACAUUUCAUAACUUGGUUCUUCCUGGGGACCUCUUUAGUAGGUUGUUUUUUAAGCACAGUGUAGUCCACUUGGCCCAUUUCAUAGAGUUGCUUAGCGUAAGUCUAAUCUAUUGAAGAAAAAAACAGCACACUAUUGUUUCCGACUCCAUGCUGAUGUUUGCUAAUACCCCAUUCACACAGCACUACGACCUUAUGAAGAUCAUGCCAAUCAACCCGAUCUCAAAAAAAAUUAUCAAGUCGGGGUAUGAUCGGCGUCAAAAUCCAGCAAUUUGGCAAAUUGAAGACUCCGCCCAACUUUACUGCGUAAAAAGUGUUUCUGACUCACUGCCACUACUAUUAUUGGCGAUAACACGAAGACCAAUGCCGACCAAGCGGUUUUCUACUUCGAAAUGGUUGCCGACGGUGCUGCGUCUUUACUACAACCACAGAGAUCUCGCCAUGAUGCUACCACGCAACUUGUAUGCGAAUGCCAUUCCCAUUACGACUUUGCCCGGCUUAUCGUGACCACGAGCUAGCUAUGCUUAUUUUGAACAUGUUCAAAAUAAUCGUGGGAAGAGCUUGCAGCUUCCUGACCUAGGAAAUUCCACCUGACCAAACCACUUCCACCUGACCAAACCACUUCCAUGGAGAUCCUCCCACGUUAAGCCCACCAUUGGUCCGCGAUUGGUCACUUUCUCGGCCACUUUUUCAUCGUGGUAGAAGCGGCGUCUAUGUGUGAACGGGGUAUAGCUGGAAACAUUUCUUCCAGUAAGCUACUUUAUGAAGUUGUGCCGAAGUAUUUUGAAGAUGACAAACUUUGCUGCCAAAUUAAUUCCAUUUGUAAAUAUAUAUAACAUUACGAUUUAAGAUUUGAGGUAGAGCGCGAGAGUGUGAGGUUAUAUCGAUAAAAGAUUGCAGGAAAUUAAAAUUUAUUUUUAUCUUGUAUCUGGCGACGGCUAUUUUGAAGCAAGGGGAACUAAAUAGCUGUGGGAAAUAUAGUGAAAUGACUGAGUUCGAUAUGUGGGAUCUGUAUAAAUAAGUGAAGCUUUUUUUGUUUGUCUUUUUUUUUU